AUGUAUAUAUAUCUAUGUGUGUUAACUGUCUUAAUCUAUUCAUCGAAUAUCUUUUGUCAACGUUCAUCACCGUUACAAGUUGAAAAAGAUAGUGCGGUCUAUGAAUUACUGGAAAAAUACCAUCACUACACUGAACUUGAUCGUCUUUUACAGCAAUGGACAACGACGUAUCCGAAAAUAUCACAUGUAUUUAGUGUAGGAAAAAGUUUUACCGGUCGAAGUUUAUUUGUCAUGCAUUUGACCUCUCCACUUGCGGCUGAUGUAGAAAAGGAACAAGAUGACGAUCAAUUAUUGAAACCAAAAUUUAAAUGGGUGGCAAAUAUGCAUGGUGAUGAAACGAUCGGACGUGAAAUGAUGAUUGGUUUAAUUUAUUAUCUAUUGCUCAAUUCGCAGUCGAAUGCUCGUGUUGCUCGUUUACUAUCAACAACCGAUAUUUACAUUAUGCCAAGUAUGAAUCCGGAUGGAUUUGAAAACUCAAUGGAAGGUGUCUGUGAUAGUCGCAGCUUACGUGGCCGAGGUAAUAUCAAGGAAGUCGAUCUCAAUCGAGAUUUUCCUUCACAAUACACUCCACUUAAACAGUGGCAAAACGGUACCACUGCUGAUCUGUUCUACGGACGACAACCCGAAACAAUUGCUGUUAUGAAAUGGAUUUUGAAAGAAAACUUUGUCUUGAGCGGAAAUUUACAUGGCGGAUCAGUCGUAGCCUCAUAUCCAUACGAUGAAACAGCUGCUCAUAAACCUGAUACAUACGGAGAAGCACCCGAUGACUCACUAUUUCGAUACUUAGCACGAACUUAUUCUUCGAAACAUUUAACAAUGAAUAAAGGUGAUGGUUGCGGCGAAGGCUUUCCUGAAGGAAUAACAAAUGGUGCCAAGUGGUACGAUGUGGCAGGUGGUAUGCAAGACUUUAACUAUUUACAUAGUAAUGCGUUUGAGAUAACAAUGGAAUUAAGUUGCUGCAAAUACCCACCUGCUCAAGAUGGAAGUCUUAAAAAAGAAUGGGAUAAUAAUAAAGAAGCGUUACUUGCUUAUAUGGAAAUGAGUCACCUUGGUAUUAAAGGUUUCAUUCGGGAUGCCGAAACACAAACUGGUAUUUCGGGAGCUUUGAUUCAAGUUGAAGGUAUUCUCCAUCAAGUUCGCAGUGUUCAACAUGGCGCUUACUGGCGUUUACUCAUGCCGGGCUCAUACAAUGUAACUAUUACAGCUGCAGGAUAUGUAUCACAAACAAAAAUGAAUAUCAAAGUUACCAAUGAAAACAUAACUAAUGCCCUUCGUCUUGAUUUUCAUCUGCAACCUAUUGCUCAUGGCUCAUCAUCAUCAUCAUUGACAAAAGAUGUUUCAUCGACGAACGAUGUCUACAAUUUAUUAUCCAAUUUUUCUGAAAAAUUAAUGAGUGACUCACGUGAAACAGUGCUCAAAACUUUAAUUGAACCUAGCAGUGAUUUUUUAUACCAUGAUUACGACAAAAUGAUUGCGAAAUUGAAAGAACUGAAUAGUAAAUAUCCGAAUAUUACAAGUUUAUAUACAAUUGGUAAAAGUAAUGAGCAACGUGAUUUAUGGGUUAUGAUUGUAAGUGAUCAACCACUUAUUCACGAAGCUGGUGAACCAGAAGUGAAAUAUAUCGGCAAUGUGCAUGGUGAUGAAAGUGUAGGACGUGAAUGUUUAAUCCUCUUUAUCGAAUACUUAUGUGUCAAUUAUGGAAAGAAUGAUUAUAUCACUCAGCUCGUCAACAAUGUCCGUAUUCAUAUAAUGCCAACAAUGAAUCCUGAUGGAUUUGAAUAUGAAUACAAACAGUCGAUACACGCUCAAGGACCCGGUCGUUUGAAUGCGAAUAAAAUUGAUUUAAAUCGUAAUUUCCCGAAAGUUCAAUUAGAACAUUUGCCUGAUAAGAAUGAUAUUGUUGUACCAAAACAAGAUUCAGAGAAUGGUGGAAAUCGUUUAGAUAAAUUAUCCAAUAUUGAACAUCAUCUUGAGCCUGAAGUUCGUGCUGUCAUGCAUUGGUCAUUGAUUUAUCCGUUCGUUCUAUCGGGAAAUCUACAUGGAGGUGCUCUUGUUGCCAAUUAUCCAUUUGACAAUCGAAUCAGCGAUUCAACAAGCAAAGAAAGUAAAUCGCCGGAUGAACAAACCUUUCAAAUGCUCGCUAGAUCAUAUUCACACGCUCAUCCAAACAUGCAUAAAGGUGAUGCCUGUAUCAAAUUUAACGAUGGUAUUACUAAUGGUGCUGCUUGGUACGUGAUCGAUGGUGGCAUGCAAGAUUGGUCGUACGCAUAUACAUCCGACAUGGAAGUUACAAUUGAAUUAGGUUGCGUCAAAUAUCCCAAACAAACAGAAUUAAAAUCCUAUUGGGAUGAUAAUAAAGGAGCUUUAUUGGCAUACAUUACUCAAGUUGUGCACGGUAUUCGUGGUUUUGUUUACGACGCAAAAACAAAAAUACCGCUGUCAGGUGUGAUCAUUCAUGUUCAUGAUAUUCAACAUAACGUGACGACAUAUCGCGAUGGUGAUUUCUUCCGAUUAUUAACGGCAGGUGUUUAUGAUAUCACUGCUGAACGCAUUGGAUACGAAUCGGAAACGAAACAAAAUAUUCUUGUUGGUAAUCAAUCUUCUACUUACAUUGAAUUUAAAUUAAAACGUAAAGAUUCAUCAGCUGUCUCUGAGAAUAAAGGACCGUUAUCAAAAUUUGUCGACAAGACAACAUCGGGUAUUCAAACAGCGUAUCGUCAAGUGAAAGAUUUUGUUCUUAAUCGAACGUUGUUCCUUAUUAUUUCUGGCGUUUGUGCUUUAAUCUUGGCUUCUCUAUUUGCAAUGGUUGUCGUAUAUCUGAAAUGUUGCCAAGGUUCAACAGUACGAUCCCGUACUGGUUUUCAACGAUAUGAACGCUUAGUUCAAGACGAGAAUGAUUUACCGGUUAUGACUCGACAAAAGAAUGGAAGAAAAAACCAUGUAAUGGCAAGUGAUUCAGAUGAUGAAGAUGAUCAAACAUUAUUUUCAUCAAAUAUGAAGAAAUCAAUGAUUCCUUAA